AUGAGGAAUGACAAAAAACGGGUGAGAGAGAACCCCAUUUCCUUUCACUCCCCCACGCACACUCACCUGAAUGUCUGUCUUCCAUCUAAAGCUUCAAAACCAAUCAAUAUCCUCUCUCUCUCUCUCUCUCUCUCUGAAUGUAACAUUGCUGUUUUUCCGAAUUUUUAUGGAUGAAUUUUUAUGGCUCUAAUUGCGGAGGAGUUCCCUGAAUUUUCGAGUUUUCUUCAUUUGGUCUUUCCUUUUUCGUAGUUCUAGUUUUUUUCUCUAAGCGAAGGACUUUUCUUGAAUAUGCUUCCACCGGGUUAUUGAAAGUAGCUCGCAUUUCGAUUGAAUCAAAGCCAAAACCUUAAUCAUCUUGUUGUGUGAAUCGGAGACUGUAUAGUGGUCAAAUAUGAACGGGAAUGGACAAAUGGAGGUGCAUUACAUAAACACCGGCUUUCCUUACACGGUUACGGAAAGUUUUAUGAACUUCUUUGAAGGUCUCACACAUGUACCAAUAAAUUAUGGCCAUUCUCUACCAAUACAUGAUCAGGAAAGUGCAUACUGGUCAACGAAUAUGAGUUCCUAUAAAUUUGGAUUGUCCAGCCCAGGGAGUAGUUACUAUGGUCCUUAUGAGGUAAAUGAACAUUUACCAAGAACGGAGGUCAGUAGGAGUGUCUGGGAAUUUCCUUCGACAAUGAAUCGAGAGCAUGCAUUUGCAGACUCACAGUCUGAAGGAGAUGCAAUCAUGGGUGUACAUUCUAUUCCUGAAGAAUGCAGUCCAACACAUCAUAAUAGUAAUAGUUCUCAGAUCACAUGGCAAGACAGUGUUGAUCCUGAUAACAUGACUUAUGAGGAACUACUUGACUUAGGUGAGGCAGUUGGAACUCAAAGUCGGGGUCUUUCACAAGAACUUAUUAGUUUGCUUCCAACUUCAAAGUACAAAUUCAAAAAUUUCUUCUCAACAAAGAAAUCUGGAGAGAGAUGUGUGAUAUGCCAGAUGAGGUACAAAAGGGGUGAUCGGCAGAUAAAAUUGCCGUGCAAGCAUGCUUACCAUAGCGUAUGCAUCACCAGAUGGCUUAGCAUUAACAAGAUAUGCCCAGUUUGCAAUGCAGAGGUAUUUGGUGAGGAAAAUCAAAGCGUUAACGGCAUCCACUGACCAAAUCAUUGAAAGAACUGAGUGCUUUCUGCUCCAUCAAUUUCAGUUUUCCCUUGUUACUAAUUUUUUUCCUUUUUUUUUGGGGGGUGGUGUUAUGCUCGGGCUUGUUAUGGAGUAUUAGGGACUUCCUCGUUUAUCAUGCAGGCUUUGUUCAGCCGAAAAACCUUAUAAUUUUAGCUUUUGUAUAACCAUAACCACAACCAUAUAGUGGAGAAUUGCUAUUUGAAUUAGUCUUUGUUUA